CAGCAAAUGCAGUAACUCAAUCACACUGUUGCAGAGUGACGUCUGUUUCACUUCCUUUCUCUGUUAUUUCUGGACCUCUGCAUUUGUGUGCAGAACAAUUAACUUCAUGAUGCGCCCUGGUAAGAGGAAAUACUGAACCAGUGAGAAGGAAUAUUGUUUUUACCUGCUACAGAGCAGAAUAGCUCUGUACCAAUGUGUGGAGUCAGUAUGGAGUUAAACACUUGUAGCUGUUUCAGCUAGAUUUGACUAUCAGUCUGGGAAGUUAAUUAACUGUCUUCAUCUAUGGCCACUCUGGGAAGAAAUAAUAAAAUCUUGCUGGAAUUGGUGCGACAGCCAGGAAACAACUUGUGCGCAGACUGUGGAGCUCCUGAGCCUGACUGGGCCUCUUACACUCUUGGUGCGUUUGUGUGCCUGAACUGUUCAGGGAUGCAUCGUAAUUUGCCCGGUGUCAGUAAAGUGAAAUCUAUUCGGCUGGAUUACUGGGAAGAUUCACUUGUAGAGUUCAUGAAGGAGAGGGGAAAUUCUGCAGUCAAAGCCAUUUUUGAGAAGUGUGUCCCAGCCUUUUUCUACAGACCACAACAAAAAGAUUGUCUUGUUCUUAAGGAUCAAUGGAUCCGCGCAAAGUAUGAAAGAAGGGAAUUUACAGGAGAAAACAAGAGCUGUCUUGAAGCUUAUACCUCAGAUGUUUUUGAGUCAACGCUCUGGAAAAAAGGCAAAGACAACAAGCACUUUCUUAAAAGGAUCUUUCUUCUGUCACAGAAAGAUUUCACCCUCAGAUACUUCAUUAACGAGGAUUCCAAGGUUCCAAAAGCUGUCAUUAGCAUGAAGGACCUGAAUGCAGAAUUUCAGCCAGAGAAGAUUGGUCAUGCUCAUGGUCUGCAGAUUUCCUAUCUAGAAGAUGAACGUACAAGGAACCUGUUUGUUUACCACGAGAAUGGGCAGGUGAUCGUAUCCUUUUUCAAUGCUAUUCGGGCUACACGCUUGGCUUACCUCCUGAAGAAACACCCAACUCUUCGAAACAACGAUUUAAUACCCCAGAUUACCCCACAUUGCCUGAUGGAAGGGUACAUGGAGAAAACUGGCCCAACGCAACGAGAGCCGUUCAAGAAGAGGUGGUUCACACUGAGCUCAAUGAACAGGAAGCUUCUGUAUUUUAAAUCUCCUCUGGAUGCCACAGAGCUGGGUGCUGUCUUUCUCGGCACAGAGAACCAUGGCUACUCCGUGUCAGAGAGCAGCGGUCGCAGCACAAGAGGAGGCCGGUGGCACUGUGGCAUCACUCUGGAGACUCCAGGGAGGCAGUUUGUGUUUAUGUGCGAACAGCAGGAGGAGCAGAGGGAGUGGAUAAAGGCCUUCAGAACGCUCAUCUCUCAACCCAUGACUCCAGAGGACUAUGCUAAUGAAGCCACUUUGAGACGAGGGAAAUGAUGUCUGUAGAAAUCACAGCUGAGAUUCUCCCUCUUUGUAAGACUCUUGCUUGUCAGAAGCAGUAUACCAUGAAAUCAUAUUAUUUACAGUAUAUCAGAGCCACCAGGAAAACACUUAAAAGCAUUCUUUUGCAGUUUAGUUACUGGAAUCAAAUAUUGUAUUUAUUAAUAUGUUGUCUUUAAACUUUGCAGAAAAUGGUUAUUUUUGUGUAGACCUUUUGUAUGUUGGGUCUGAAUUAACUUGCACAUUUUCAAAAGAUUACACACUUGUCAUUGUUGCUAUCUGUAUUUCUAUGAAACUCUUAUCAGAAUA